ACCACAUCUCACCAGCAGGCACAUAUUUGCCACAGCAUCAAAAUUAUAUUCAUAAAAGCAAAAAGAAAAAGGGAAAAUGGACCAAAUAUGAACAGACUUUUCACUCAUCCACUGAACAUGCAAAUGACCGUUUUGCGAGGAUAACAAAGCCCAGGAUCUUUCAAAAUAAUUUGAUGCUACAUUUGUAUGCUGCACUGGAGCAGGGGCAGGACCAACAGGGGCUUUGUGGAAAUUGGGAGUAGACCAGCACGCUGACCCGAAAUUAUAAAGUUACAAUAGCGCCUGGCGAGGCAGAAACCCUUUGCUACCCCCGAACGAAUCGAAUUACAGGGAAUAUGCUGGACCGAGGAUCGAGGACCGACCCUUGGACAGCGCUACGUUGUCAACUGCUCUGGAUCUGGUGGGCUUGUUAGCUGAGCCGCCCUUCGGGGUUACGACGCUCGUUUGGGCAUUCAAAUUGGUCGAGGAUUUGACCGAACAAAUCCCUUCGGCGCAUGUGCAGCGGGAUUAAAUGUUGGACUCUGUGCAGCUUUCGGAGCAAACUGGUUUUGGAUUUCCUAUGCCCCGGGAUGCUGCACGGUGACCGAUCCGUCCCUCCAUCCAUCAAGAUUUCACGAUGGAUGUAAUGAACAACAACACGUUGAUAGAAAAAAAAUCGACAACAUGCGCUGAAAAACGAGCCAAUACUACCUUUGAGGAUAAGGAAACAAAGAGACUGAAGACGGACAACGACCAUGUGGACAUAGCGCCGCGCCCACCUCCUCAGAGCCCAAAGAAAAGGCUGCAACUUAAUGGGAAACCCAAGCACAACAAGGAUCUUAACUUCGUGUACGGCAACUAUAAGAACUACUAUGGCAAGCGAAUUCUGGAUAAGGAGUUUCAUGACAUUCGCCUGGACAUACUGGGCUCGCAGCCGGAGAUGUUCCGCCAAAAACAGCUUCUGGACAUCGGCUGCAACUCCGGCCAUCUGUCAAUCCAGAUAGCCCGGAAAUUCGGAGUGAAAAGCCUCGUGGGUCUGGAUAUAGAUCGCAGUCUGGUCAAGGAUGCGCAGACCACCAUUAACCAGCUAAAGGGUCAGACCGAUACUGGAGCUGGCCACGGAUUCCCACACAACAUACGUUUCGUCCAGGGCAACUAUGUGCUGGAGGACGAUGUACUGUUGGAGAUCGAGCGACCGCAGUUCGAUGUGAUACUCUGCCUGUCUGUCACCAAAUGGAUACACCUAAACUUCUGUGAUGCCGGCCUAAAGCAGGCCUUCCGCCGCAUUUACCAUCAGCUGCGCCCUGGCGGCAAGCUGAUCUUAGAGCCGCAAUCCAUUGAUGGCUACAAGAGGCGCAAGAAACUUUCGGAACAAAUUAGGGCAAACUACAAUUCCAUACAAUUCUGCCCUGAACAAUUCACCGAAUAUCUUCUGAGCACAGAAGUGGGCUUUGCCAACAUGGAGCUCAUGGGCACUCCCGACCACUGCGAGGCCGGAUUCAAGCGUCCCAUUCAGAUCUUCACAAAAACGUGAAGAUGCCGUGAAAUAGGAGAGACAGAAUUUAGCUGUGAUUUGUCGGUCAAAUAAAAGUACUUUAAUAAAUAUAAAAACAGAGAAAGGUGA